CUCAAGCAUCAACAGCUUCAUCAUAUUGUAUUGUACUGGGAAAAUUCAUGAGUGCUUACGUCAUUCAUGCCAUCAGAGAGGCAGACCAACUGCCGCGGCUCACGGCACUAUUCGAGCACGAUGAUUCAACGUUCGCGUGCUUAGUGCGCUUAAAACAUUUGUCGUACGCAGUCGGUCGGACGAACCGUGGAAGAAAAAAUGGACGUGAAUGCAUAUCGCCGCAUCGGAUCCGUUUAUGUCGUCGUAUGCUGCAUUGUGGCGGCCUGCGGUGCCUCCAUCUGUUUGUACCAGCUGAUGGAGGCUAAGCCGGCCUGCCGGGACUUUUCCUGCCCGGAUGGAACCAAGAACAUCAUCAUACUGGCAGUUACCCUUAAAAUCUGCAUACUUUGUGCGAUGUUUGCCGGUCUGCUCAAGGACGGUAUUGAAGAAGUAGGUUUAUUGACGAGGAAAAUCUGUGCAGUGCGAGUGAAUCGAGUGUUUGUCGUGGUGAGAACCCUCUCGCUGAUUGCGCUGUGGACUUGCUGGGCCGUUUUUCGCAGUGACGACGACCGAUACGUUGGAGGCCUUACUUCCAGUGAAAAGUUGGUGCUUGCUUCUCUGUGUGUUGGAUUGCUAGCAAUAACUAUCGUGGAGCUAACGAUUUUCCACGGCGUGCUGAAAUACUUGAAGGAGGGUACUCCACCCUGCAGUAAAAAGAGGGUACCGGAAGUAGUGUACAUACAAGCAUGAAAAGACAGAUGGCAAAACCAGUGCCCCACAGUCCAGUUCACCUAAAAUAUUGUUUAUUUUAUAAGAAAAAUGUGUAAAGCGGAUUCCAAACAAGCGAUGCAGAACAAAAACAAACAGAACAACAUUGCGUCAAAAGCAGCACUCAACGCCCAGAAGAUAUCGAUUCGGCACUAGUGGCUCGGUUGAGAUGAUUUAUGACCUAAGAUUCUAAAUUUGGAUAUUAAUCGGUUAAGGUAGCGAAUAUCGCUGGUGUGAUCGGUUUUGUUGACCCAGACAAGUGUUUUGACGGGUGAGGCCUAUGGAAUGUGAACAUAAUUUAUAACAAAAGAAGUGUUCAGAGAAGCUGUUAUUCCAGUGAAAGAGCUUGUCGUGUGUCGAAGGGAAUAAGUGGUUGAAAAUAAUAAACACACCUUUCUUUGUCUGAAUACGUGAA